AUGCGAACACCGAUUCCCUCUCACAUGCACACUUUAUUCGGACGACCAGACAGAAAUACAAAAAUAAAUCAUUCGAUUAUCUAUCUAUCUAUCUAUCUAUCUAUCUAUCUAUCUAUCUAUCUAUCUAUCUAUCUCAGUAUGCUAAUAUAUUAUCUUUAUCUUCUAUCUAUCUCUAUCUCUAUUCUUAUAUUUCUUUCUUUCUUUCUUUCUAUCUCAGUCUAUUCUUUCUUACCUUCUAUCUCAUCUAUCUUUUCUAUCUCAGUUGCUAAUUUUCUUUCUUUCUUUUCUUUCUUUCUUUCUUUCUUUCUAUCUCUGUCUUCUUUCUUAUCAUCUAUCUAUCUAUCUAUCUAUCUAUCUAUCUCAUAUGCUAAUUUCUUUCUUUCUUUCUUUCUUUCUUUCUUUCUUUCUAUCUCGGUCUAUACUUUCUUAUCUAUCUAUCUAUCUAUCUAUCUAUCUAUCUAUCUAUCUAUCUAUCUCAGUAUGCUAAUAUCUAUCUAUCUAUCUAUCUAUCUAUCUAUCUAUCUAUCUCAGUAUGCUAAUAUAUUUCUUUAUUUUUUCUUUCUAUCUAUCUAUCUAUCUAUCUAUCUAUCUAUCUAUCUAUCUAUCUAUCUAUCUCAGUCCAUUUUUUCUUAUCUAUCUAUCUAUAUAUCUAUCUAUCUAUCAAAUAUAAUGAAAGAUUUAUUCAUACUGUCUAGCAUUCACUGCCAUCGCAGCAGAAUUGAUAUUAUAUGCAGUUCUGCGAUCUUUUCUUUGCGUCUAACGAAAUUUACCUAUUUAUUUAUGUGCUAUUAUAAACGCCGUAUCUAUCUAUCUAUCUAUCUAUCUAUCUAUCUAUCUAAUUUUCUGAAAAGAUUUGGGUCCAUCCAACUUGACAAAAUGUAA